AGAUCGUGGUUUUUUCCUUCUAUAUAGCGUGUUUCGUGCAAUAAUUGUCAUUUUUAUUCCUCUAAAAUAUCCUUGAAUGUCUGGACCGAUCCUUCACUACAAGGCCGCUGCGCCUUCGCUCUCUCAGCUGCUUUGGUGUAGCGGCUGUGUAAAUUGAUACGUAAAUUUAACGUUAGCUUGCUGGUUAAAGGAAAUAACAGAUUAAACAGUGUUUGUAGUGAAUGAAAAAAAAAAUUUCUCCCCUUAGGCUCAAUUCGCGACGCCUGUGUUGUAACUGUUAAAUAUCUCCCAGCUGUAACGAUUGUAAUACCGCGCAAACGAAAUUAGUGUUUACAUUUUUCGAUGGAUAACGUUAACAUCAGGCUUUGGGGUUAGCUUACUGGCUAGCUAACUGUUACAGAAGCCGACACUGCUUAAAAUGCUUCCCUAGGGAGUUCAAGUCCAGUUGGCUCUUUAUCAUCAGAGGACCAUGACUUUGACCCAACUGCAGAAAUGUUAGUUCAUGAGUAUGAUGAUGAGAGGACUCUGGAGGAGGAAGAGUCUCUGGAUGGAGGCAGGAAUUUCAGCUCUGAGAUUGCAGAUCUGGAGAAGGAAGGUAAUAUGCCUUUGGAAGAACUGUUGGCCAUCUAUCGCUAUGAGGGCUCAGCAGGUUCCAGUAUAGACAGCUCCUCUGGAGACCUGACAGAUGAGCUGCCUGACAUGACUUUGGACAAGGAGGAAAUAGCUAAAGACCUGUUGUCUGGGGACUACGAGGAGGAGACCCAGUCUUCAGCUGAUGAUCUCACCCCUUCAGUCACAUCCCAUGAGGCCACCGAUUUCUUCCCAAGAACACUUCGAUCCAACACUAUCUCUGACGGUGAUAAAGAGUCAGAGUGUGAUGACGAUGGCCCAAGCCCAGAGGACUCCAGAAAGGAAAUAAUGGUGGGAACACAGUACCAAGCAGAUGUUCCUUCUUGCCUCUGUCACUACAAAGAUGGGGAGAAAGUGUAUGAAGAUGAAGAUGAGUUAUUAUGGAGCCCAGGUACAUUACCAGAAAACAAGGUCAGGAGUUUUCUGUCUGAAGUGUUGUCACGGACAACAGAUGAAAAGACAGGAUGUGACAAACCAGGGAUGCACGUCCGAGACAAUGAGCAGGCUUUGCAUGAGCUUGUCAAAUGCAACUACAACACCCGUGAAGCACUAGAGAGAUACUGCAGCCGCAUAAAAUCCUCAAAAGAAAAAUCGCCCCAGUGGUCUGAGGAGGAAUGCAAGAACUUUGAACACGCACUACAGAUGUAUGACAAGAACUUUCACCUCAUACAGAAACACAAAGUCACAACGCGAACUGUAGCAGAAUGUGUGGCUUUUUACUACAUGUGGAAAAAGUCGGAGCGCUUUGACUUCUUCGUGCAGCAGAAUCGGUUCGGGAAGAAAAAGUACAGCAGCUAUCCUGGUGUAACUGACCUGAUGGACAGGCUGGUGGAUGAAGCAGAGGGACUGGCAGUGGACAGUUCUUCCUCUGUGUGCUCAGGAGCAGGUGGAGGAGGACGGCUGGAGACCACCACAGACCAACAGCUCAGCCUGCUUAACUCCAUCACUGCCAGCGAUCUCACAGCUUUGAGUAACAGCGUAGCUACGGUGUGCAGCCCUGCAGAGGUCAGUUGCCUGGACUCCUACAGCUUUCCUCCCCUGGAAAGCCUCCAUCGCGGGUCCUUGAAUCACGAGGAAUCCCUCGGGUUCCCUUCCAACGGUGCAGACCCUGACUGCCUAAACAUGCUCGACGCAGGCUUCUACCACUCGGACCUGGGCCAGCUAGGAGGAGUCUGUGUCAACAAGGACUGCGAGCGGCCUUCAAAGAGACUCAAGAUGGCGCUGCCUGACUCCUUUAUCAACGACGUCUCCGUAGGUAACCUCGGAGUGGACUUUGAAGCGCGGCGGAAAACGACGCAUCACCACCGAAUCACCGGCGCCAAAAUGGCAGUGUCUGUCACAGACUUUGGGAGCUUGGCUGGCAGCGGUGAGCCCAACGGCUUUCUGGGAGGACAUGCACGGCACCACACACAACACACUGCAGCACUUCAGUCAGAGUGAUCUUCCUCAUCUUCUUCUUCUUCCCUUUUGAAACCCCUUUUCCUGCUUGUACAUAAGACUGACCUCACUGGAGAAUCCAAUUUGUUUAAAUUCUAUUAUAUAUAUAUAUAUAUCUAUCUAUAUAUAUAUAUAUAUAUAUAUAUAUAUAUGUAUAUGAAUAUACUUUUUUGUUUUCAUUUUUUGUGUAAUAUGACAUCAGUGAUGUCUAUCAUAUAAAACUAAAAUCUUGAUUUCUCUCAAGAGUUUAUAUAGCCAUUUAUUUUAUUUUUGUUUUGCGGUCUUGAGAUGUGUAACGUCCAUGUACAGUGGGGCCCAGAGGCUGCAGUAGGAGAGUUGUGUAUCUUCCUCCCUCACAUCUACACAUAACAUCGUCAUAGCUACAGUAUGUUAUCCUGCCAUUCUUUUCAGCUGCCAAAAUCAUCUUACAGUAGUUUUCCUCCUCUAGCGUGUAGUUGCUUUGUUGUUUGAAGUGGUACUUUUUUUUUUUUUUUUUUAAAUUUAGUGUUUGGUUUACAGGUACUUUUUAGUAACCAGGCUGGUGAAAAUGGUUUCUAUGUGUCCCCAAUUAAACCUGGUUACAUAUUGUAUGAAGAGCAACACUAGCAUGAAGAUGAGCUUGGAGACCAGGAAGUGUCGCAGGAGGCCAUCAGCUGCUUUGGCCUUCCAGUUUGGUUUUGCUUUUUUUUUUUUUUUUUUUUUUUUCUCUCCUGUGGAAGCUUGUCAGUAGUUUGUCUGCUUGUUUACUUUUAAAGUGCUAAAAGUGGCCAAACUGGAACAUGUGAAUGUUUAUAACAGUUCAUUUUUAUCCCAUGUAGUCAAAUUCAAAUUAUAGUCCCAGAUUUUAUACUUAUUCUUUUUUUUUUUCUCUCACAUUUUUUUAAAGAGGUAAUCAAGAAUACCUGAGUAACAUAAUCAGAGCAUUUUAUAGUUGGAUAUCAAGUUAUUGAUAUCCUACUUCUUGUAAGGAGGAUAUCAGACUAGCAAACCAUGUCACAGCAAUAUUGCAAUGUAAAAUAUAUAAGUUGGGUUAAUAGCCAUUGAAACACAGACAUCAGGCACAGUGAAGUAUUGCAUAUUUUUACCUUUUUGAGAUUUUGUUCAAUCCUUUGAUGGUUUCUCUCUUGCUACUCUUAGGAAAGAUUAGUUGAAAAUGUCAAGUUUAUUGUAGUAAAAAUUUUGUUUAAAAAUGUUUCUAAACCACAUAGCCCCAUUUUCAGACCACUUAGCAAGCUUGCGUAAACCUAAGCUAGCAGUAUUAUGUUUAUUUAAAAGCCACUCUGAUAUUGUAUCCAACGUCUGCCUAACCUAGUCUGACUAGAGGAUGACUUGUUUAAUCUGGUCGACAAUUUCUUGGAGUCUAGUAGCAGAAAUGGAACCGUUUCUCUUGACUGAAGUCCAUAUUUGUGAAUUGUAAAAUGUUUAGCGGGUCAUCGUCAGUUGAUUGGAUGCAGUAGUAGUGUUUACUUAAUUUAUCUAUGCAUUGUGAUAUGAAUACGUAGUUUGUUUCAGGGUUACAUCGUUUGUCAUGUCCAUAGUUCUCACCAUUGUGUGUGUGCGUGUGUGUGUACAGACAGGAUUCAUGCCGAUAAACCAUAAUUAAGUUUGAUCAAGUAAUUCAGUUUCCAAGCCCAGCGUCAGAGAAGAUGAUUCACUUCUGCGUUUCAUGUAAAUAAUUAGCAAAUAGCCUUUAAAAAGUCUAUUAACUGACCUCUUACACUUGUGAAUCUGUGUUGAUACAAAGGUUUUAAUUUUUUUUCCCCCUCCCUUGUCAAAUGGCAAUAAUUUGUAGAUAUGUACAGAUAUUUUGGGUUUUGCAUUUUACUGGUUGACUUGGUAUUUGAAUUUUUUUAUUCUUUUUUUUUUUUUCUUUGGAAAGACAUGACACCCAGACACGGGGACACAGCUGAAACCACGCAUGCCAGCUGUGUCUGUUUCAAGUGUACCACUGAAAACGGCUUUACCUGGAGACGUAUUGAUAUUAAUCAAUGUUGCAAAUUUUUUGCAUUCGAAACUUGCAGCCAUUUGUAAAAGACGCUCAUCUUUCUUUCUUCAAAAAAAAAAAAAAUCUUUUUACAUGUCGUCGUCUAUAUUUGUCUUGAUGGUAAAGGGAUGGCUGCUGCUCUAAGUAUGUGGAGAGCUAGUUUCUCUUUUAAUGCAAUGUGCAUAAUGCAGUAGGUCCUCCAAGCUCUUCUAGCUUUAGCAGUGCAGUGAUAUUUAUUUCACCUGUGGUUUGUACAAAGACUCAGAAAAACUGUCAGAAUGUAAAGGCCAUUAAGUAGUAGAAGUAGGUUUUUCACCACCCUGUGAACUCUCGAAAAUGUGAUAUUUUAUUGAUAUCUCUGGUAUGAGACUUGUGUGUGCAAGCAAGCACUAAACAAAUUUAUUUUAUAUUUUGUAUUGUGUUUUGAAGUUUAAAAAGGAGAAGAAAAAAAGUAUAGCAGUUGUGGUUUUGAAAAAGAUAACGAGUUCUUUGAUGAAAACAAAAACACCUUUGUGAAUAAAAAAACCUACAAAACUUAAAAAUGUAUAUCCAGAAAUAUAGACAAUCAAAAACUUCACUAUGAGAAAUGUUCAAGAAGCUAUCUUUAUUGUUUAUAAGAAUUGUACAUAAACAUUGAGUUGUUUUUUUUUUCCUUUUGUUAAACAUUAUUUUGUAUUUUCUGUUGUACUUUAAUACCUUGUGUACAGAUCCAGAAAUAAAGCUCUGGAAAAGGUUCGGA